CUACAGGAGAAGAUGAAGGAUUCAGAAUGCAAUGGGAGGAUUUCCAAUUAAGUGUUCGGUAUAAAAAGAUUCCAAAAUAUGUGUUUUUAAAAGUCCUUGUGAUGUUUAUUAAUAAAUAAAACAAGUGAAGGAAACAUAAACGAAACGAGUGUCACUUCACAAUGUGGUCUAUUUUAUGGAAUUCUUUAAAUGUCGUUUAAUUGUUAUUACUUUUUUUAGAAACAUGUUGAAAUACACCUUCUUUGAAAAACAAAAUCAUCUGAGCGAAAGGGAAAUGUCAUUAAAUUUUAUAGAAUAAAGAUGAUAAAAUAUAAAGAGGCCAAAUGAGAAAGAAAGAUGAGGACGGAUAUGUGAAUCCAUAUUUUGAAAUGAUGCUGUGGAAUCCAUUUUGUAGAAGGAUCGAAAUUUAUUAUUUAGAUACAAGUGUAGUAACACUAUCAAAUGGUGGGUAGAAAAAAGUAUGAUCUCUAAGAGAGAGGUGCCUUGUCCACCUUACUGUUUAGCUGUUCAUACAUGGGGUCUUAUAACCCAUCUAUCAAAGGGGCGAUUGUUCAGUAUCUGCCUUCUUGCCUUAUUAACAUCAUUCUUUUUAGCUUUGCACAUAGUAUUUCUCGGAUAUCCCCGGACACCGCUCGUUUGUCUUGAUUCCGCUAGAUAUAUACCACAAGAUGUUGAGAGUAUGAGAGUUCGAUUCCCAAGGACAAAACGACGCCUUCCACAAUGCAUCAUCAUAGGCGUCAGGAAAUGUGGUACUCGAGCGCUUUUGGAAUUCCUCAAUUUGCAUCCAUCCAUCCAGAAAGCAUCGGACGAGGUGCAUUUUUUCGACGAAGAUGACAAAUACAAGUUGGGUUUAGAGUGGUACCGUCGAAGGAUGCCUUAUUCUUUCCCAGAUCAGAUAACCAUUGAAAAAAGUCCCGCUUACUUCAUCACUGAUUCAGCUCCAGCCAGAAUUCGAGCUAUGAAUGAAAGUGUGAGAUUGUUGCUGAUAGUUCGUGACCCUGUAACAAGGUUAAUAUCCGAUUAUGCUCAACUGGCAGCUAACAAAGCUAAGAAGGACAAGGCACUGGCCUCCUUUGAAGAUCUCGUUUUCAUGCCCAAUGGCCAAAUCAACACAGCAUACAAGGCGGUCCGCAUCAGCAUGUAUUCCAUCUUCUACGAAAAAUGGCACAGGCUUUUUCCUCGUCGCCAGAUCCAUAUCGUUGAUGGAGACGAUCUCAUCCGAGAUCCGUUUCCGGAGGUGCAGCGGAUCGAAGAAUUCCUCGGAAUAGCGCACAGAAUCUCGAAAGAGAAUUUUUUUUACAACAAAACAAAAGGUUUUUAUUGUGUUCGAAAUGAAACGACUGAGAAAUGCCUCAAUGAAAGUAAAGGGAGAAGACAUCCGAUAAUCUCAGAUCAAGUCAUUCAUAAACUGCGUCAGUUUUACGCUCCUUAUAAUAAAAUGUUCUUCAGAGCUGCUGGUCGAGAUUUUGGUUGGCCAGAAGAAUAAUACAUAUCAUGCUCUGUAUCUCGCUAUCAUCACAACGACUUUUUUUAAUCUCGACAAAUUAUUUUUUUAUAUCGGUGCAAAUACCCAAUGCUUCCCUAUCAAAAUAUAAUUCAUGUCUUAGUAUUUUACAUUCUAAUCAUAAUUAAGAAAAAGAGCUUUGUUUGAGGUAUCUUGAGAAGGUCCUAUGAACUACCAGUGCAUAUCUAAAUCUUACCUUAGACUACAAAUUUUGCAAAACCAAUCAAAAGUUCGUUAACUUUUCGAGCGAAUAUAUACAUAUCAAUAUAUCUUAGACCAUGGUGAUAUUACAUGACGGAAUUUAGAAAAAUAAUUAUCUUAUGCUUCCUUUACAAGCAAGAAAACUGUUCAUAUAUUGAGAAAUAAAGACUAAUGUAAGCAGAAUACUAAAGUCCGAUUUAUGUUUGAAUGGAUGUUUUCGAAGUAUUUUCCUAAUAGCAUUGCAUUAAUUCGAUAUGCCUUCAUAUAAGUUUAUUUAAAGACAUUACUCAAAAAUUUAUACUUCAGAAAGGAAAUUAAAUAGUUUCAUAAAAAUAGGUGUUUCAGAAGGUGAAUAAAUCUCUUUUGGAGAAAAUGUAACAAUAGCAUUGGUGUUUCAGAUAUCCAAUUUUUGGAGGAGACGAAAUUAAAAUAUUAAGUUAGAAAAGCUCUCACAAUUUCUCUCACGGAAGUAAAAUUCUCAUUAUUUGUUAAAUAUCAGCAAAAUAAUUAUAAUUUUUUAAUUUCUGAGGGAGUGAUUUGCUUAGUUGCGUUCAAACAAAUGAUGAUCUAUCAAACUUUAUUUUAUUUAUCUGAAAUAAUUGGAGGGACUUUUUGAAAUUUUUAAUUAUUGCGGGAAACAUAUAACCACCGUCUUUCCGUGUCAAUGAUGGCUAUGAUACAAUAAUUUUAAAAAAUGAUUCUGAUACGUGAAUUAUACAUUUUAUCGCUAUUAUCAUUUUUAUACUAAGCUUCGCUACUAAAUAUUGUACUUAAAAUUACUCGUGAGCAAAUAUUUUUUUACAAGAUAUAUUUAUCUGAAACUUUUGAUUUUUUAUCGUAUUAAGUACAAAAUAAAGAUAAGAUUUUACGUAAAUGAGCUAAUAAAUCAAUAUGUUUUAAAGACGUACUUUUCAGAUUUUAUUUCCAAAAUAACAAAAGAAAUUUGCCUUAAUCUUCCUGUUAAACAUUUACAAUCCCUGUUAAAAUUCAUAAUUCACUGCUAAUUAGCUUAGAAUGAAGUUUUUAUUCAUUUUCAUUAAACUAAUUAAAGCUCAAAACUUAAAUUUAACAAAGAUUAAAAAUCAGCAAUUAAAAUGUUUAUUUGCAUUACUAAUUGCACAUAAGUUUAAUCUUGAAAUUUAAAAAUACAAAAUAAAACGCAUUACAAAAAUUGUGUUCUGAAAAAGCAAAAGUGCUAAAACUAAUGGAUUAAAAAAAUAAUUUUAAUUAAGCACCAAUUUUUGUGACCUUUAGU